AGUUGAUUUUCAAGCGGUAAAUACCAAAAAAAAAAUAUGACUAAAAUCACGCUUUGCGCUUUUCUCAUAUGCACACUCGCCAUUUACGUUACAAUUGCCGGGCGUGAGGACGCUGAAGCUCUGAAUGGCGAGCACGCUUUCCGCUUAGUAGCGGCAAACCAGGAUUCCGCAGCGUUUUUGAGUCGCCAGAAACGUUUCACAUGCAAUAGUUAUGCGUGUAAAGCUCAUUGUAUACUGCUCGGUAGAGGAAAUCAAGGUUAUUGUAGUGCAAAUCGUUGUAUUUGUAAAUAAAUAAAUGUGUCAACUUGCUGAAAAGUGUGCUGAAGGCAAGUAAGAGCCUGCAGUGCUAAUAUUUAUAAAUUAAGAAAACCUUUUUGUUAUUGUAUUUUAGUCUCUAAAUAAAUGUUUUAUUUAAUGUUUGCAUAUUA